CACCGAGCCAUCUUUGUCCACCUAAUCCAGGCGGCUGUUUAUUACACCUUCAUUACUGCACGGACUCUUGACAGCGCCGGGCUCCAGUAUUAGCCUGCAGGUGCCGCAUCUCCGUACAGUAUAAUAGGGAGAGGAAAGCAGGUUUUUGUAGCGAGGGGACACAUCUCAGUGGCAGAUAUACAAGCCAGUGCUCCUCCUAGGCUAUAUAGGCAGGGAAACGCCACAAUAACCAACCAAAGGGUGCCAGAGGGUAGAGAGGAGCGCAGAAGGCAAUCCACAUCCAUCUGCCAGCCACUUAGACCGCGCUAACAUUUCCAGUCCGGAUUUCAGCACAGCUGUCCAGCUAAUACUACCAGGAAAAUGUCUGCCCCAGCCGGAGCCCCUGCAGAUGGAGGGAAUCAGCCCCCCAACCUCACCAGCAACCGUCGUCUGCAGCAGACACAGGCACAAGUGGAUGAGGUGGUGGAUAUCAUGCGUGUAAACGUGGAUAAGGUCCUGGAGCGUGAUCAGAAGCUGUCAGAACUGGACGAUAGGGCUGACGCCCUGCAGGCUGGAGCCUCUCAGUUUGAGACCAGCGCUGCAAAACUGAAGAAUAAAUACUGGUGGAAGAAUGCCAAGAUGAUGAUUAUCCUGGGUGUGAUAUGCGUGAUUGUCCUCAUCGUCAUUAUUGUGUACUUCAGCACCUAAGAAGAGUUGCUCCUACCCCAGUCUAAUCCUUCCUUGCUACAGAAAAAAAACACCCUCAAAUUGAUUACAAAAUUAACCAUGAUAAUUCAUUUAUUAUGUAUAUCUCCCGAUUAGCCUCGAUAUAACACACCUAAACCUUCAGGGUCCCAUGGCUCCCCCACUUCCACCACCUCGCCUCUGGACCCCUGUCAAUAUUUGUCCUGUGAGUGUGUGGCCCUGUCUCCUUUCUGGGUCCUCUUGGCUUUUCUAACCUGCCAUACUGAGAACCAAACACUUGUGACGAUGCAACAACAGAAAAGGAAACAAAGAUUGGCGAUAAUUGUUACAUAACUGAUAUAUAUAGUUCUUUGUAGAGUUUUAUUCUGAUAUAUACUGUUUUGUAGGUGUGUGUGCGCGUGUGUGUGUGUGUGUGCAUUUUGUAUUUUUUAAUUUUUGUAUUAAUUUUACGUAUGCUUCAGCGUUAACUACUGCCUAUUAAUCAAAGUGUGUAUCUUGCAUGUUAUCAUCAUCUGUCCGCCCCCCUGCUUACUCUCUCUUUUCGGUGUAUUUUUGCACAGUGGAGUUAGUCUCCAUUUGACAAUGGAAAUACCAUUUGAUUUUUCGAGUUCAUCUGUGUUACUCGUGUCCACUAAGAACGUCCAAAAUAAGCCAGAUAACUAAAACUUGUACUUAGAAAAUAUCAUCAAGUUACAACAAAAUGUAACUAUGAUGUAGACAAAACUUCUUCAGCUUUACUAUAGCUCCAGAUUUCUGUAACUUGAUGCCAUCAAUGAGUCCAAGUCUUAGCUUCUUUGCUGGCUUUCUGAGAGAGUUAACGCUCACUGAUAUUGAUCAAACAUACAAAUAAUGCAUGAAUUGUCCAACUAAUCCCUCGUGAUCAUCAUUUCCCAGCCCUUUCCAUCUGAUCCUCCCAGUAUCUGUGUCAUUUCUAUUUCUCCAUUUCACUCUAAUAACUUUCAUCUUUAACAUCUUAACCCCUCUUCUGUCUGUCGGCAUGCUUGAACACCUCAAUGUCUUCUGCUAAUUUCUAAACUGCCAUAGUACAGUUGGACCAAUGUCUGUAGAUGUUUCUUUUUUAUUUAAAUAUUACGUAGUGUCUUAUUUCGAAAACAUUCCUUCAUUGCAGUCUAGUGCAAAUGGUCUUACCGUAGCACAUAUAAGUGUAAGUAUCUUUAAAAAAAAAAUACAGGCGACAAAACUUGUGUCAAAAACGUCGGUCAUACAAACCAUAGGAGAAAAUAGUUAUAGUUAAUAGCUGUAAGGGAUUAGACUUUCAAUCUCAGUCCGAAUUACUUUCUUUUGUAAUAGGUGUGAUGUUAUCUUAACAUUACACUUACAGUAUACUGUGGAGAUGUCAUUAAUGUCAAACUGUGGAUAUGGACUUGAAAAAAAAACAACAAUUCUAAUGCCAGGUGAUAAAACGGGGCCAUUGCGUGAAUUGAUUCAUUUCCAUAAAGCAAAGGUUAAUUAUUACUGGCCUGUUACCUACAUGGAUACUGAAAAGCCUUAGUCUCCAGUCACUUCUGUUAGUUACUGUAGAAUAGUUCCAGUCAAACACACCCUCACACUUUUAGACUGUGUAGGGGGAGUGGCUGACUGCAGAGAAGGAAUCUGUUUAAAAUGCACAAACAACCUUGUUUUUGAUGGCGCUGUCUGGCUGGUCAAUAGCCUGGCCAAAGGAGAUCCUCGUGCAGCAAAACCUCUCCACAUGAAGAGCACAUACAAAAAAGAGACAAGUCAGCCUUAUUUGCUAAUUCAGGAACAUGGACAGAGGCUAAUGAGGAAACUGUCAAAUUCACAGUUGAGUUUUAGGUCAGCAACUUUGGGGUAGGCUCAGUAAUUCACUGUCAAAAGUUAGCGACAAGAAACGUGAGAAGCAAUUAUUCAAAACAUAGCACUCUUAAGAAGAGUGUUUUGCUAGCGCAGUGGUUCUGUCUCAGUGUUUCUCCCUAUAGUUAAGGCCUUUUUUCUUUUUUAAAUAUAAUAGAUUCUAUUUUUAUUAUAGUAUAUUUUUGUGUGAAACAGACAGGUAAAGAGGAAGUGUGCAAUCAGUACUAUUUGCUGCCACACAGCAGUAAGAUCCUCUUUACCUCUGUCUGGUGUGUUUUUUGUAAUUCAGCUCUGUGCGUUAUACACUGCCAAGCAACAAGGGAGAGGCUUCUAUUCUUAUUGCAGUUAUUUCUUUCAUUGGUGCCCUAGCUGGUUUGGUCUUAAAACAUUCUUUUACAUGUUUCUGGCAUCUACUCCUGUGUAUACUACCCUUUUGGCUACUUUAUGGACAGGAGAGCAGGGCAAUAUGAUGCACUUGUUUUUUAACGCGCUGUCAAACUAAGGCCUUGUACACAUGAACAUGAGAUGACAUACACCUAAAAGUCCUUGAUUUAAACUAUUUUACUUUCAACUCUAGAAGGUCUUUAUUUACAGAGUUUUACUUGUGCUAAAUAUAAGAUCGGAAUUUGUUGGAAUUCAGUGAUUCAGUGAAAUCUGUGUCUCAUGAAACGGACAAUUUUUAAGUAUGCAGGCCUGCAUUAAUAAAUGCUGAACAGGAAGCAACUCAGCUUAUGCUCUACUGCCACUAAUGUCAAUCCUACAAUGUAUACGUUUUGAUUUUAGAUCUUACAGUAGGCUACAGUCACUGAAUAGAUUUGAAGACCACAAAAUCACCAACAAUAUUUCAAAAACAAGUGUGUGUAAAGCCUUAGUAGCUUUGUCUCUUUUCAACAUUUUUAUCUUUCCCACCAGCUGAUCAGACCAACCUGCCCCCUGCCCCCCUUUGGAGAAUCCUACAGUGUGUGUGUGUGUGUGUGUGUGUGUGUGUGUGUGCAUGCGUGCGUGUGUUAGAAUAGCUCUGUGUUGGGAAUAUCCCCGGUUUAUCCUGACAGAUUAGGCCGCUUAAAUCUCAGAGUGAGGGCACGUUGUUUCCUUGACCACUACAAGCAGACAGGUUACAGAUCUGCCGGCCAGUUCUAUUAGGAAGGACCCUAACCUUAACAAGCCCUCUCCUCCCCGUCCCAUGUUUUCCUCCAAACAGAGCAAAAGUAAACUGCAGAAGAUUACCAAAGACCAGAUUUCCAUGCUUACGCUGCCAAUUGCCAUCAAAAACAAGCGGAGAGAAACAGGUUAUCCAAACUAUCCAAGUCGGUUUUAAAUAGCUAAUACCCUUACACUAUUUAUCCACAGAUUACAGGACCUUUUAACUAUUACACACUAUUUAUAUAGUGUCAGUUUGGCUUUUAAGUGUGCCAUUCUAACAUAUGCAAGUUAAACCAAAACAUAACAUGCUUCAAAUCUCAAAUACAGUCUGCCCCAACAAUGCCUAUCCAGGUCUGAAGAGCCUCUGAUCUGUAACAGGUUUUUAGACACAUAAUCCUGUAACUAAUAAUAGCACAACUCUUCCUCUUUGUCUCCAUAGUGCUGCCAAGUUCUAAAAUGAAAAUAUACAUGAACUAACUAUAGCUAUUUAAAAUGAACCUAGAAAAACGUUAUAAAAAAUCUGCAUUGUUUGGUGUUGUAAUAUGGGGGUGUUUUGGGGGGUAGGGGGUCCUAUAUCCUCAGGUUUAAGGUAUUAGCAAUUUCCCAAGUAUAUAUGAGGACAAAACUAUAUUAGCAAGGUUUAGAAUUGGGUUUUUGGCAAUAGAAAAUCAUUAUAGGGUUACAAAUGUGGUCCUUUUAGCCAUCGUGCAGGGGUUAACCACACAGUGGGCUGAAGUGAAAUAACACUACUGAUUGGGGUAGGGCUUCUGUGUUAUCUAUGAAUCCAACUGUUGUGAGUGCUCAACCAAUUUGGUCAUGACAGUGAAAAUGAAGUGAGUGCUCUCUUUUUCCGUUGCUUUACUGUCUGUAUGAAAAGAAGUGCGUAUAUAUUUUAACACCGUGGCACUUUUUUCUGUUGUGAUUCAUUCAUUUUGGUGGGAUGGGAACAUGAUUCGGUGGAGAAUAUUGUCUUAUGUGUCAACCUCAAGAAUUGUUCAGUGAUCUCAACUUAACGCUGUGUUCAGGUCAUUUGGGGGUGAUCCAAAAUGCAAGAUGCCAACACGGAAAAAGUGUUCGGACCCUCUUCCAGGUUUGAAUUAUAACUUGUGAACUUGUUAUUCAAACUUGGAAGGAAACGAGCAGAAAGAAAGAGACCGACAGAAGAUCCAAUCCUUCAACAAAGCAUCAUGUAAUAUGUAUAGAGUGGGGAAUGUUCCCCAACGUUUACCGUCACCCCCAAAUGUGAUGAAUGCAGCAAAAGGAGGGAACCUUUUGAGUCUCUGAAUGUUCACUGGAUGGCUAUAAUUGUACAAUAUUCUACUUAAUAUAUGUUUUAUUUUCGAACCAAAUAUUGUGAUUUUCUUUUGCAUCAAUUUAGUAAUAACUCCAGAUGUCACUGAAUUGUUUGUAUGUAAGCACUGAUUGGUAAAGGUAAAGAAAAUUGGAAGUUAAUGGGGAAAAAGGAGUAUUUUUACCUUCAAUUGUCCAGAAUGCUUAGAAUGAUUCUACAGUUUACAUCAGAUUGCCGUUUGUAUCUACAAGAUAUAUUUUUUGUUUAAAUCCGUUUAUUUUUGAGGAAAGAUUUUGAUUUCUCUUUGGGACUGGGGUUUCUGGGAUGAAGGCCCAUAUUGCCCCUGGUCAUCUGGCCUUACAGGAGGGACAGGACUGGAGGAUCAUGGGCAAUGUGCUCAGUUUUAUCUUACUUUUUUUUCCUUUUCCUUUGCUUUUAUUUAUUGAUAGAUUUAUUGUGCUGUCAUUUGGUAUGGGAUUAGAAACUAAACAAGGUUGACUCAACGUAAAGAAGAGGAGACUGAAUGAAAACCUAAAGUACAUAAAAUAAUUGUAGUGUAAAUCUAUCAAUGUCUUAUUAUAUUGAUGAACAUCAUGAAAUAUAUGUAUAUUGGAAAAACAGUAUCUAUGACAACUUGUACUUUUGUGUGUGCUUCACGUGCUUUGUGGGUGUGCAACAAUGGGCGGAUGCAAUUUUGACCGCAAUUCUGGGACCUUAUCUGACCUGUAUGAAUAAGCAUAAAUUUAUUAUCAAUACAAAGAGAAA